AUGGUUUUAGCCGCAGCCAUAUGUAGACCUCUUAUUUUCGCAGUCCUUCUUCAGCAUACUGCAUUAAUUUUUUGCCAAGGUGAUGAUAGCGACUAUGAUAUUGCAAAGCAUGCAGCGCAUCUUCCAUGGGAUCUCAGACAUCAGAUCUCAGAUGCCGCAUUCCAAAUUCCAGUUCGUUAUCUUUCUUCUUUAACUUGCUUUCAAUUCAAAUUAUCAUCUAGAUAA